AUGAAGCAUCAUUUGAUGGUCGGAACGUGGGUCGCCCCUGGGCGCAUCUACACCGUUCAAUUCGACGAUGAGGCCCUUACUUUGGACUUGAUCAAGAAGACCGAUAUUCCAGAGGCUGAGCCUAUCUCCUGGAUGACCUUUUCUCACGACAAGAAGACCAUCUAUGGCGCUGCUAUGAAGAAGUGGAACAGUUUUGCUGUGAACAGCCCUACCGACAUUGUCCACCAAGUCUCCCACCCGGUCGCGGGCCACCCUCUCGCUCCCAGCGCCGAAACCAACACUCGCGCCAUCUUCGUGCUUGCCGCCCAUCAGCCUCCCUUUAAUGUCUACGGUAACCCCUUCUACAAGUACGCCGGCUAUGGCAAUGUCUUCUCCGUCAAGUCCGACGGUGCCCUGGACACCAAUGUCCAAAACUACGAGUACGAUCCCAACACGGGCAUCCACGGCAUGGUCUUCGACCCUACCGAGACCUACCUCUACUCGGCCGAUCUGCAGGCCAACAAGAUCUGGACGCACAUCAAGGACGCCGAGACGGGUCAAUUGACUCUUCUGGACUGCCUCGAGGCUCCUGCCCCCGGCGACCACCCUCGCUGGGUCGAGAUGCACCCCAGCGGCAAGUACCUGUAUGCCCUUAUGGAGGCCGGCAACCGUCUGGCCGUCUACGUGAUCGACGAGCGCACCCACAAGCCCGUCUUCACUCACAUUACCUACCCUCUGCUCCCUCCCGGUCUUCCCCCUCGCAACAAGUACCGCGGCGACGUCACCUUCACCACCCGCAGCGGCGAGUACCUCUUCGCGACCACCCGGUCCAACCACUUCGACGUGACCGGCUACAUUACCGCCUUCAAGCUGGGCCCCUCGGGUGAGAUUGAGCGCCAGCUCUUCAUCAACCCCACCUCCACCAGCGGUGGUCACUCCAACGCCGUCAGCCCCUGCGACUUCAGUGACGAGUGGUUGGCGCUGUGCGACGACCAGCUGGGCUUUGUCGAGAUGUACCGCUGGCGCGACGAGAAGCUCGCCCGCGUGGCACGUGUGGACAUUCCCGAGCAGGGCUUUGGCAUGAACGCCAUCUGGUAUGAUUAA